AUUUCUGUGUAAACGAAAUAGGAGUGGCAGUACUGAUUGUCAGCUUCCUGGAUUUUACCAGAUAUAUAUCUAUAUCUCUGGCUUUUACCCAGUCAUAAGAUUGUAGAUUGUAGAGUAGAACCAUAACCUGUAAUAAGGAACAAACAAGUGCAUAGUUUGGCUACGUAGUUUCAUAGAUAAGAUAAUUUAUACAAAGAACGUAGUUUUUAUCUAUUGGUCUAUUUUUUUAGACAUACAGCUGUUGUGGUUGUAAAAUAAGAUUAGUUUUAAUACGUUUCUUUUUUUAGACUAGAAAAUGUCUGAAGAGAGUUGUGUGGUGCGAAUUGUAAAUCUGGAUGAAACUUUUACUAAUGAAACUUUGAAAAAUUUUAUUCUAUUAAGGUGCCAGCUUUACGGAGAUAUAAAGAAUAUAUAUUUGAAAAGAGAUGAUAGUAAUAAAAUAUUUUAUGGAUACAUAGUUUUCGAGCACAGCUAUGAUGCCGCAAAAGUGAUACAGAGUUUAAAUGGUUAUGUUUCUGGCACAAACCAAUUUGAAGUUGAACUAAUUGGUCCAAAUCUAAAAUAUCGCAUAUUUCCAGAGAAUGAAGAAUAUGGGGAGUUGCAUUAUUGUGGUAUAUGUAGGGGACGUCACCACAGUUUUGAAUGUCCAUUAAAAAAUGUUAUAUCGGCAAGAGAAAAUCUCUUACGUAGGAGAAGGUUUUUGCUUGUUGGUACUGGUUCAGAUCAUCUAAUUCCAAAAGUUUCCAAAGAGAAAGACGUUCCUCCUAACACAAAACCUAAAGACGAUGGUGCCAAUAGGGCAUGGCGGGAUGGCACUAGCUACUCAAAUAUUUACAUCAGUAAUAUACAUUACUCCACGACUGAAUCUGACUUAGCAAAGCUUGUCGAACCAUUUGGACCAAGGAAGAAACUUCAUUUGGCGAAGGAUAAGGAGACUGGUCGUGUCAGAGGUUUUGCUUACGUAAAUUUUAAAUUUAGAAGUGACGCAGAUAAAGCUAUUUCUGAACUCAACGGAACUACUUACCGUGAUCGUGUUCUUAAGGUUGAAUGGUCUAAGUCGUAGACGAUUACAAAUUUUAUAUGUAAAAUAAGUAAUGUAUUUAUAAUCUAUUUAAUUCUUUAAUAUGUUGC